AUGUUUUGUCUACGAAGCUGGUUACCUCUCCUAUUCAUCCCGACCAAUGCCUCCCCACUUUUCAUUGUCUCCUUCGUCACUCUGACCUACAUCCUCCAUCGUCCAUGUAUCUACUGCUCAGCUCUUCUUUUAAUCCUCUUUAUCUCAUCCUGCCAUUGGUCAGAUCGCUGUUUCUUUGACCUUCGUGGUGACUGGUUUGCGCCUCGCUACUCUUCCGAUCCGAGCGCCUCUUCGGUCGCCCCCAAUGAGACCGUCGCCGGCUUUAUCCUGGAGACUGUGAAUACUACUACGAAGAACCUGGCGGGCGUAGUAGUCGACGAGGCGCAACGUCGUCUGGCACUAAAUGGGUCGUCAGCCGCCGCAGGACUGGGCGGGUUGGUUCAGGAGGAAUGGACCGGGGUUGGGCUGGAGUGGUUGCGCAGUUUGCUUGGACGACGGGAGUGGACGAUCCCCUGUGUCGACGUCAAGGUCCGUCUAUAG